CCUGCUCCUCCUCUUCCUCCUCCUCCACCUGCUCCUCCUCCUGCUCCUCCUCUUCCUCCUCCUCCACCUGCUCCUCCUCUUCCUCCUCCUCCACCUCCUCCUCCUGCUCCUCCUCCUCUUCUUCUUCCUCCUCCUGCUCCUCCUCCUUCACCUCCUCCUCCUGCUCCUCCUCCUCCACCUCCUCCUCCUGCUCCUCCUCCUCCUGCUCCUCUUCCUCCUCCUCCUUCUCCACCUCCUCCUCCUCCUCCACCUCCUCCUCCUGCUCCUCCUCCUCCUCCUGCACCUCCUCCUCCACCUCCUGCUCCUCCUCCUGCUCCUCUUCCUCCUCCUCCUUCUCCACCUCCUCCUCCUCCUCCACCUCCUCCUCUUCCACCUCCUCUUCCUCCUCCUUCUCUUCCUCCUCCUCCUCCACCUCCUCCUCCUCCUCUUCCACCUCCUCUUCCUCCUCCUCCUCUUCCACCUCCUCUUCCACCUACUCUUCCUCCUCCUCCUCUUCCUCCUCCUCCACCUCCUCCUCCUGCUCCUCUUCCUCCUCCUCCUUCUCCACCUCCUCCUCCUCCACCUCCUCCUCCUGCACCUCCUCCUCCACCUCCUGCUCCUCUUCCUCCUCCUCCUUCUCCACCUCCUCCUCCUCCUCCACCUCCUCCUCUUCCACCUUCUCUUCCUCCUCCUCCUCCACCUCCUCCUCCUCCUCUUCCACCUCCUCUUCCUCCUCCUCCUCUUCCACCUCCUCUUCCACCUACUCUUCCUCCUCCUCCUCUUCCACCUCCUCUUCCUCCUCCUUCUCUUCCUCCUCCUCCUCCUGCACCUCCUGCUCUUCCUGCUCCUCCUCCUUCUCCACCUCCUCCUCCUCCUCCACCUCCUCCUCUUCCACCUCCUCUUCCUCCUCCUUCUCUUCCUCCUCCUCCUCCACCUCCUCCUCCUCCUCUUCCACCUCCUCUUCCUCCUCCUCCUCUUCCACCUCCUCUUCCACCUACUCUUCCUCCUCCUCCUCUUCCUCCUCCUCCACCUCCUCCUCCUGCUCCUCCUCCUCCUGCUCCUCUUCCUCCUCCUCCUUCUCCACCUCCUCCUCCUCCACCUCCUCCUCCUGCACCUCCUCCUCCACCUCCUGCUCCUCCUCCUGCUCCUCUUCCUCCUCCUCCUUCUCCACCUCCUCCUCCUCCUCCACCUCCUCCUCUUCCACCUUCUCUUCCUCCUCCUCCUCCACCUCCUCCUCCUCCUCUUCCACCUCCUCUUCCUCCUCCUCCUCUUCCACCUCCUCUUCCACCUACUCUUCCUCCUCCUCCUCUUCCACCUCCUCUUCCUCCUCCUUCUCUUCCUCCUCCUCCUCCUGCUCCUCCUCCUCUUCCACCUCCUCCUCCUCCUCUUGCUCAUCCUCCUCUUCCUCCUCCUCCUCCUCCUCCUGCUCCUCCUCCUCUUCCUCCUCCUUCUCUUCCUCCUCCUCCUCCACCUCCUCCUCCUCCUCUUCCACCUCCUCCACCUCCUCCUCCACCUCCUCCUCUUCCACCUCCUCCUCCUCUUCCUCCUCCUUCUCUUCCUCCUCCUCCUCCUCUUCCACCUCCUCCACCUCCUCCUCCUCCUCCUCCU